UCUUCCCCAUCCGAUCCUGUAAGCAUCCCUCACCACGGCUACCGCAUCCUCUUCCAACCCUUCUCCCCACCAGCGUACCAUCAUGGCCGCCAAGGACCUCGUUGAGUCUACCAUCACCGAGAACAAGAUUGCUAUCUUCUCGAAGAGCUACUGCCCGUACUGCCGGCGUGCCAAAGCACUGCUCACUUCCAAGUUCCCCAAUGUGCCGACCAAGAUUUACGAACUUGACGAGAUAAACGAGGGCAGCGAAAUCCAGCAGUACCUCUUGGACAAGACCGGUCAGAGGACAGUCCCCAACAUAUUCAUCAACCAGAAGCAUGUUGGCGGAUGCGACGCUGUUGUCGGCCUUGACUCCAAGGGUCAGCUCGCUGAACUCAUCGGGGCGUGAGCAUCUUCGCUACGCGUAUCCUCGUGUAGCGAUGUCCUAAGUGUCUAUGGGUGACAGUAUUUCACCGUCGUCGUCGUCGUCGUCGAAAUUGUAGUCGAGUAGAACUGUAAGAAACAUAAUGCGUUUGCGGAGAGCGGUAUACCGUGUGCUGUAGAGACGUCAUAUUGCGUGUCGACACGCCCACGUGCUGGGAGUUUGCUGAGGCGCGUGCGGCGUACCAGGCGAUCGGAACGACCCUCGGUAGACGCGUUA